AAUAAGACAAAGUUACUUGUUGUUGUUGAGUUCGCCGCCAAUCAUACAUCCGAGUUAGGUACCGGCAAUGUUACAUAUUCUCUUGGAAAGUCUCCAUAUUUAUCUGCGCCAACUGUUGUUGCUGAAAAUCAUACAGGACCAUUCAAGGCCGGUGAAUAUAUUCCAGUUAAAGUUACAUUACAACACUUUGAGGCAAAGACAGGAAACUUCCAAUAUAGAUUCUAUGCAGAUCAGAAAUGGAUAGAUCUCCCAGACGACAAUGUAACUGAAGUAGAAACCCCAUCUGCAAUUAAGAAAUUACAUGCCGACGAAGGCAAAACAUAUCUACUCAACAUUCCAGCUCCAAAGUAUGAAGAUAUCAAAGAAGAUGGGAAAGUUAAACUUCAAAUUAGGUUAGCUGGAUCCAAAGAUCAAGCUCAAUCCAAUAUCAUUGAAACAGAGGUUUCACUUCAGAAACAACAAUACGUUGCACCAAGCCCUGAUGAUUCCAAGCCAACUCCAACACCUGAAAAUAGUGGACUUACUGGUGGACAGAAGGCUGGUAUUGUUAUUGGCGUUCUUCUUGCUGUUAUCCUUAUUAUUCUCAUCAUCUACUUCGUUUUCUGCAGGAAACCAUCUAAAGAUAAAUCAUCAUCUGAUAUCCAAGAUGAUUCCGGCUCCGGUGUUAAUGUGUAA